AUGGAGCCUGUCCCGGAGACCGAGAAACUCGAGGAGUUCCGUUCAGGCCCCCUUCCUUCUCUUCGACUACAGCAUUCAAACUACAACCCACAGCCCCUGACCUCUGAGCCCGAAUCCCCUCGGAAGCCUCCCACCAUGCGUCGCUCCACCGAUCCUUCACCUUCCUCGCCAAUAUCUCCCACGUGGAACGCCGCUGCACUGCCAUAUCGCCCGCGGACCACCUCUCCAUUGUCAGGCAACCAUGUCAGGUCCAAAUCUGCCGCUACUCUGGCUCCCCCUCCCAUGGGGCGUGCCCAGUCCAUGCCCGGCGUGAACGGGCUCGGCCACAUCCUCAUACCACGUCCCCAGAGCCCAAAGGGCUCGCCACAGCGACAGCGGUCCUUGCGAAAACCAGUCGAUGAGAUGUACCCUCCCGCCUCGCCUACACGCACAUCGGUCCUCCCCGACCGCCAGCUGUCAGAGAGAAACAGCUCUCCCAACCUGGGCUUUAGCACGCCAAUGGUCCGCCAGCGUCCUUCCUCACCCCUCCGCCACCUGCCGAGCUCCAGCACGGGCUCGUUGCCUAGCUCUUUUACAUCAUCGUCCAUUACUUCCUCGCCGGUCCAGCGACCUUACGACUUACUGAGCGACAAGGACGGCUACUCGUCUUCUGGGGGCUACGCUCCGUCAUCAUCUAUGCCCUCUACACCGAUUUCUAUGAGAUCUCGAAGCCCCAGCAUCUCAAGUCUGGAGACCAUCCCAGACUCGCCUGAUGCUGAGGAGGCCGCACUCGAAGCGGACAGGAUUGCCCAGCUCAAAGCUGCUGCUGACGCUGAGGACGGCGGUGAGCCUAAGGGUCGCAGCAGCCUGGAUGCCCCAGUACGCGGCCGCACGUUGAGUGGAUUUGGAACAAGAGACAAGCGGAAGCGGUGGAGCGUUUGUGGCGCAGAAAGGAGAGGAGACCUGGACCUGGAGACUAUUUGGGAAGACUGA